AUGCAUAUCAAUAAGAACGGAUUUGGUAGUUUUGGUGGUAAUCUAUUAAUGAAAAAAAAAAAUCAGUAUGAUCAGUAUGAAGUUACAAAUGCAUGGGCUGAUAUUUAUUUUGAAUCAGGCCGACAGAUAGUUAACAAUGGAGUAGCCCUAAAUGAUACAUACUGUUUAAUAGACACAACGUAUCAAAAACAUUAUUUAAAAAAAUACAAAGAGUUUAAAACGAAUGAAAUGAAAUCAAAUUUUGCUUUUCAAAAAAUGAUAUCUAUACCAAAGAUAUUUGGACUUUUUAAGUGUAUGAAAAAAUUAUGUUCAAAAGUUUUCUCCGACAAAAUAUUGUUUGAGUUACAUAUACAAUCACAUAUUUCAAGUACAGGGAAAAACAAAGGUAAUUAAUGUUUUAUUUGUUAUUGUCUUUGAAUAUGUAUUUGUAUAAUUAUAUAAUUACGCACACAAUUAUACACUCAUUAAUUAGUAAUAUUUAUUUAUGAUUUAAGUUUUAGAGACUCAAAUAAACACUAUGGAACAGCUUAAACAGUGUGCAUAUUGCUUUAAAAAAUGUGAUGAUGUAGAAUCUUUGGCUACUCAUAUUUCUGAAAAAUAUUCUUUUUGUAAAUAUUUCUGUCCAUUUUGUUUUUAUCGUGCAUAUACACCUCAUCAUGUACUGGUUCAUCAGGUAAAUAUUAUUUUCAUCUAUGAUCUUGGUUAUAUAUUAUAUAUUAUAAGUAAUACUGAUAAUACAUCAGUUUUAUUUUAUUAUUAUAAUUUUUAUUUAGACUUUAAUUCAUACUAAAAAUAAACCAAAAAUAAUACAACUCGAGUAUGAUGAAGGUGUUAAUGAUCGUUCAACAGAAGUAUUAAUGGUAGUUGACUAUAAUGAUUUUAUUAUGCCAUAUAAGUGCAAUGUUGGUAAGUUAAUUUCUAUUUAUACUCUAAGAUGAACAAGGAUUGUAUUUGUUUUUCUAUGUUGAGUGUUUUUUUUUUUAACCAUAUUUUCAGAAGAUUAUUUGGCACCUUUAUGUGAGUUUUUUUAA